UAGUUAUUUUUUACAGUUUUGUAUUAGUUUAGGCUCUGAAAAAAAAUGUACAUAAAGGCUUUUCAGACAUCAUGGUAAUACCAUCACUGUACCAUCGUACAUCGAAAAUACUUUAUUUAAUAAUUCUAGUUAUGCUCAAAUACUUUCUAACUAGAAGUAGAACUAAAGUCUAACCAGGAAUUGUAUUCAUCAUGAUCAUUUCCUGAUUUUCCCAGUUUUUCAAGAGAACUCAAUUGACAACUUUUUGGCAGCUUUGAUAAGUGGUACAUUUUUAGCCCAACCUCAGUGGCAACAGAUCAGGCCAUUACCUUACAAAUAAUCUUGAGUAUUUUCCCUUGUGCUUGAUAUCCUAAUCAUUAUUUUAUUUUUCUUCAGGAAAGUGUGACGAGGCCAAACACAAAAACACACUAAAGCCAUGGCAGCAGGAGCCUUGACAUGUUUGAUGUUUGUAGUUGUUGCUCUGAAUGCAAUCGCUGCUGCAGCAGGACUGGCAUUAUUCGCAGUGGCCAUUUGGGUAGCAGUGGACGGGUAUAAACUCUACCCCAUAUCUGGUGUGUCGGGAAAAGAUGACAUCUUUGCUGGGGCCUGGAUUGCCAUUUUUACAGGCUUUGCCUUCUUCCUCACAUGCAUCUUUGGCAUCUUUGCUGCCCUGAAAAGGAGCCGUCCACUCAUGCUGGUGUACCUUAUCGUAAUGUUCAUCAUCUUUCUGUUUGAAUGCGCAUCUGCCAUCACAGCAGCAACCAACCGGGAUUAUCUGGUUGGGAACAGUCACUUAGUAAAGAAACAGAUGCUGGAAUAUUAUGGGCAAGACACCAUACAAGGGAAGCAGAUUACACAGACAUGGAACAGAGUGAUGGAACAGGUCGAGUGCUGUGGAGCAGACGGUCCACAAGACUGGAUACUGUAUAACUCCACCUUGAAACAGAUGAAUCCUACAUACAACUGGCCCCUCAGCUGCUGCAAGAGACGGAGUACCUUUGAGUUACAAGAUCCAGAAGGCUGUAAGGUUGGCCUGACCAGCACCCUAUUCACAAAGGGUUGCUUCAACUAUAUUGAAUCUGUGUUAAGCCGUUACACCUGGGCUGUGAGCUGGUACGGUUUCUCCGUUCUCAUGUUAGUGUUUUUCACAUUAGUGAUCGCCAUGCUCUACUACAUGUAUCUUGAAUAACUACGGACUCCGCAUGAUACAUCUGCCGACUGCACAGAUGUUUCCACUCUUGCUGUCACAGAACAAUACAGAUAAUUGCAGAUUGCACAAGGAUAAUUGAUAUGACAAUUUCCAUCCAUUCUUGUAUAAUUAUCAUACAUUCUGUUUUUAUGACGUCCUAUAAUUUGACCUCAAUUUAGCACAAAAGGAAGUUAAUCUUGAUCAAAAGCAUUUAGGGUAUAACUUACCGCGAUAAUGCUCAAAGUUAAUUAAACACUUAAGAGAGAACUAGUGAGCAGUGAGCAUCAUCUCAUUAUGUUAGGUAACAAUUUUAAGUAACUAAUUCAAGUACAGCUUUCAUAUUACUUGUUUUAUUAUGGAUGGUUUUUUUAGUUUUUUUCCUGGGGUCAUUUUACAUUUUUAUUAACAAUAUUGAUCAAAUAGGUUCUUCAAGUGAUUGUAUGAAUUUUUCUUUAUGCCACAGUCUAUACUUGUAUUUCUUCUUGCAUAAAUAUUUAAUAUAAAAUUAGCUUUAAAAUGCCUACCAAUGAACAGGACAUUUGUUUUGUAAGAUUCUUUGCUGCACAUUUGUAUUUAAAACUUACUUGACAAU